AUGGAGAAAAAAGUAGUCACGGCAAAUGGAUCGAUAAAUCUGCCAACAGAAAUUAGUUGGCAGGGGUCAAUGUCUGAAAACUGGAGAUUUUUCGAACAAAGGUAUGAAAUCUUUAUUAUUGCAUCUGGAAAUGAAGCAAAGGACGGAAAAACAAAAACAGCUUUGUUAUUAAACGCCAUAGGGGACAGGGCAAUAAAAUUAUAUAAUGGAUUUAAUUUUGAGAAACCGGAACAUCGAUUCGAGUUUGAAAAAGUAAUUGAAAAAUUCGAAGAACAUUUUAAUCCUGAAAGGAAUGAGAUUUACGAAAGAUAUAAAUUCUUUACCAGGAAUCAAAAUGAAGGAGAAUCGUAUGAGGACUAUUCAGUGGCUCUGAGAGAUCUUUCGAGUACGUGUAACUUUGAUUUUAUGACAGAUAGCUUGAUAAGAGAUAGACUAGUGUGUGGAAUUUCUGACAAAACAGUAAAGGAUAGAUUGUUACGCACAAAAGAUUUGACCGUAGCUAAAGCUAUUGAUAUAUGUCGUACAUCGCAAGAAACACAAAGGCAACUUGAGAAAAUUUGUUCUUCGACUAGUACUUCGAACAAUAUAGAUAAUUUAAACGAUGUAGACUAUAACAUACAUAAGAUUAAUAAAAAACCAAACACUGCAGAUAAUGCCGGAAAGAAUAAGAAGGAAAACAGAUAUACAAAUUAUACACAUAAUAAUGAUGAGAGAAGAUGUGAAAAUAUGGAGGAGAAUAUUAAGACUAUACUUUUUGGAUCAGUUUUCAUAAAUGCUCUAAAGGAAGACACGAAUGAUUGGACAAUUGUCGUUGGAUCUAAUAAUGUGUCUCUUGGUUUUAAAGUCGAUACUGGUGCUCAGGCGAAUGUAUUAUCUGGAAAAAACUUGUCAAGUUUAGGAUUAGACAAAAAUAAUCUUUUAGAGUAUUUCUAUGUAGUAGACUCAGAUAAAGCAAGCAACAUAUUAGGACUACAUUCAGCGAUUAAAAUGAAUUUAGUUAAUCCUUUAAAAAAUCAAAAUUUAGAAAUCAAUGAAAUUAAUACAUUAUCUGAGUAUUGGGAUUUAUUAGAAGGCUUAGGAUGUAUGAAAGAGGAAUAUGAUAUUAAAUUAAAACAAAAUGCCACUCCAGUUGUUCAUGCGAGUAGACGAGUUCCAAUAGCAAUUCAACCAAUUUUAAAGAGAAAACUUGAUGAACUGGAGAAAAUAGGAGUGAUAUCUAAAGUAUCACAUCCUGCAGAGUGGGUCAAUUCUUUAGUUAUUGUUCAUAAGCCUAACGGAGAUUUGAGGUUGUGCUUAGACCCUAAGGACUUAAAUGAGGUUAUCAAAAGGCAACACUUAGAACUACCUACUCUUGAGGAGAUCACUAGUAAACUUUCAGGUGCUAAAUAUUUUAACACUCUAGAUGUAAAAAAUGGAUUUUGGAAUAUAAAGUUAUCUACAGCAAGCUCUGAUUUAUGUUGUUUUAAUACUCCGUUUGGUAGAUACAAAUUUCUAAGAAUGCCUUUUGGAAUUUGUAGUGCGUCUGAAGUUUAUCAACACCGAAUGCGUCAAAUACUAGAUGACUUAGAUGGGGUUGAUGUAUAUAUUGACGAUAUUUUGAUUUGGGGUAAAACGAAACAAGAACAUGAUAAACGUCUUAAAAAUGUAUUCGAUAGAUUGAGACAGGAGAAUGUAAAACUAAAUAAGGAUAAAUGUAAGAUUGACGUGCAGCAGUUAAAACAUUUAGGACAUAUUAUAAGUGUUGUAGUAUAUGUCUGGCAUGUUAUAUAA